AUGACGACCUCAUUUCCUCUUCUCCGUCUUCCGUACCCCGUGCUUAAGCUUGUCCUGGAACAAAUGAAAUUUGUAGAAAGAAUUGUACUUUCUCUUCUCUCCAAACGUGCCAGAAUGUUCUUGAAACUUCUCAAAAUGAAGUGUAAGUAUAUCAAUUUAAUACUGGAUAGUAGCAGUAUCAAGAUGAACGUAUUUUUUGAUAAUAGUAAAGAAUUGAAAGUGGAUAUUUUGAUCCUUGGAUACCCAGAAGUAUAUUUUAAAGAAGUAUAUUUUAAACAUGAAUACGAUUACAUCGCUUGGCGGCCCUGUGCACUACCUCCAUUGGACUACUUCCUUCCGAUUAUGGACGUCACUCACUGCAAGUCGAUUAAGCAGUUCAUAAUUGUUGAAUUACCACAAAUCGGUAUUUUACUUGGAAAACUUACAAGACUCCUUGCGAAGCUUCCAGAAAUUGAUGAAGUUGUUGCUCAGAACACCUACCACAGCUCUCCGGAUUCGCCGCUUCUAAAAGUUCUGAGAAUGUUGUGGAUGAAUAAAGAAUGUAAUCAUCGACUGGAAUAUUUGCAAGUGGCGACAAGAAGAUUGCUAAGCAGUGAAGAAAUAAAUAUUCUUCUAAAAGGGCUCAACGCUGUUCAAGUUCCCAUUACAACAGAUAGAACAUUAGGAAAUAUAAAACAGUUCAUUUCGGAGGUUGAGGAUGAGAUGCUUAUUUUUGAAUAUGAUAUAACAAGAGACGACGGGAGAGCAGCGACAAUCAGAAUUGGAACUCGUGGAACUGUUUGUUUCUACGUUUGGCCAGAAUCUACAAAUCUUGAGCAAAAUUAG